CCAUUCCUUAACCACUCGGUCCACUCCACCGUCGUCACCGCGUAAGGAUUCUUCGUCGCGUUGCCUUUUGUUAUCUUUUCAUCGGAUCCGUAUAACAACAACGGAGACACGAUCGAUCCGAUCCGAUUAGGUUGAGGUAAAGCUCGGAUCAGACGCAAGAGACAUAUCCGUCGAAGCUGUUACUGCUUCUCGGUUGUUGUUUGAGUUUCGAUCGUCAUGAGUUUCAUCUUCGGCAAGAGAAAAACUCCCGCAGAACUGCUGCGGGAGAAUAAAAGGAUGUUGGACAAAUCCAUAAGAGAGAUAGAAAGGGAAAGGCAAGGGCUACAGACGCAAGAGAAGAAACUAAUUUCAGAAAUAAAGAAAAGUGCCAAACAAGGGCAGAUGGGAGCUGUUAAGGUGAUGGCAAAGGACCUUAUUAGAACGCGGCAUCAGAUUGAAAAGUUCUAUAAGCUUAAGUCACAACUCCAGGGUGUAUCACUUAGAAUUCAGACAUUGAAGUCCACGCAAGCCAUGGGAGAAGCAAUGAAAGGUGUGACAAAGGCAAUGGGCCAGAUGAAUAGGCAAAUGAACUUGCCAUCACUGCAGAAAAUAAUGCAAGAAUUUGAGAGGCAGAAUGAGAGAAUGGAAAUGACGACCGAGGUGAUGGGAGAUGCUAUAGAUGAUGCUCUGGAAGGGGAUGAAGAAGAGGAGGAAACAGAAGAACUAGUGAGCCAGGUUCUUGAUGAGAUUGGAAUAGACAUCAAUCAGGAGCUUGUGAAUGCACCAUCAUCAACUGUUGCUGCACCAGCUGUGAAGGGUAAAGUUGCGCAAGCCGAAGCUACUGGGAAUGAAGAUGGUGGGAUUGAUAGUGAUUUGCAGGCAAGGUUAGACAAUUUAAGAAAAAUGUAAUAGUAGUGGUGUUACUGUUACGGCGACCUGCAGGCCAGGUAGAAAAUUUAAAGUCAUGACUAUUUCUUUUACUUUUGUAAAUUUUCCAGUCUGAAUUAUACUUGUGAUGAGUAUGAAAAUUGCCAGAA